AGGACACGGACCAGGCGCGGGUGGUGCCCGGGGCUGCCGAGGGCAUAGAGGAGAUGCUGGACUGGGCAGGUAUUCCCCCUGAUGAGAGCCCUCGCCGCGGUGGCCCCUUCGGGCCCUACCAGCAGUCGCAGAGGCUGGAGCUGUACAGGAGAGCCAGCGAGGUGCUGCUGGAGCGGGGCGCCGCGUACCGCUGCUUCUGCACCGCGCAGCGCCUGGAGCUGCUGAAGAAGGAGGCGUUGCGGAGCCAUCAGACCCCGCGCUACGACAACCGCUGUCGGCACCUGACGCCCGUGGAAGUGGCCGAGAAGCUGGCGCGGGGCCUCGGCUGGGUGGUGCGGUUCCGGCUGGAGAAGGGGGUGCAGCCCUUUCGGGACCUGGUCUACGGCUGGAACAAGCACGAAGUGGCCGACGUGGAGGGUGACCCAGUGAUUCUGAAGGGCGACGGCUUCCCCACCUACCACCUGGCAAACGUGGUGGAUGACCACUACAUGGGCAUCAGCCACGUGCUGCGGGGAACCGAGUGGCUGACGUCCACCUCCAAGCACCUCCUCCUCUACAAAGCCUUUGGCUGGGAUCCCCCUGAGUUUGCUCACCUCCCGCUGCUCCUGAACAAAGACGGUGGGAAGCUGUCCAAGAGGCAGGGGGACAUCUUUCUGGAGCGUUUUGCUCGGGAUGGUUUCUUGCCAGAGGCGCUCCUGGACAUCGUGACCAACUGUGGCUCUGGGUUCACAGAGAAACAGAUGGGGAGGACUUUGGAGGAGCUGAUCUCGCAGUUCGAAAUAGGCAGAAUUACCACCCACUCUGCCCUCCUGGAUCUCGAAAACCUCCCAGAAUUCAACAGGAUUCACCUCACCCGUCACAUUGAGCACAAAGGGCUGCGACAGAAGCUCGUUAGAGAGCUGCAGGAGCUGGUGGAGCACGUCUAUGGGGAUCAACAAGUGGAUCAAGAGGUUCUCGAGAAGGAGUACGUGGAGCGAGUCCUCCUGCUCAGGAAAGGUCACAUAGCCUUCCUGAGGAACCUGGUGUCGUCUGAUUAUUCUUACUUAUGGGUUAGGCCCUCGGUGUCCCGAGAGCAGCUACGAGCGAUUUCUGCAGAAGCAGAUGAAAUAGGAGCACUGGUUGUGGGGCUGAUGGCGAGGCAGGCGGCUGUUGUGACGAUGGAGGAGCUGAGCAGAGCCCUGCGAAGCCUCCAGGAGCAAACCCGAGAGACCAAGUACAGCAGCAUGAUGCAGCUCCUUCGCCUGGCGCUCAGCGGGCAGCAGCAUGGCCCGAGCGUUGCUGAGAUGAUGCUGACCUUGGGACCCAGGGAGGUGUGCGGCCGAAUUCACAAAGCGCUGUCUGGCUGA